AAUGACGUCAAAAAUAUGUCGGCAAAAUGUCUGUAGAUCGGUUUCUGUAUUGUGACAGAUAUUUACAUAUUAACUAAUGUAGUAAAAUCAUAUGUCAAUUUCUUAUUGCCAUUAAUGAUAAAGAGUAGUUAGACAAAUUGAUAACUCUAGUUUUUGUAAUAUUAUAGUAGUAUGGCCACUGCAGCUCGUAAACUUUCCACAUCUGGAGACUCUUUGUAUCUGACUUUGGGAUUGCCUAAAACUGCAACUCCUGAUGAAAUUAAGAAAACCUACAGGAAGCUUGCUCUCAGAUUUCAUCCUGAUAAGAAUCCCAAUGACCCAGCUGCUUCAGAAAAGUUCAAAGACAUUAAUAGAGCUCACAGUAUAUUAAGCGAUUUAACAAAGAGAAAUAUAUAUGACAAUUAUGGAUCUUUGGGACUUUACAUUGCUGAGCAGUUUGGUGAAGAAAAUGUGAAUACCUAUUUUGUGCUUACUAGUGGCUGGUGUAAGGCUCUCUUUGUCUUUUGUGGAAUUAUUACUGGAUGUUAUUUGUGUUGUUGCUUUUGCUGCUGCUGUAACUUCUGCUGCGGUAAAUGUAAACCUCGUGCUCCUGAUGAAACUGGAGACUAUUGCAACUUGAAGGAAGAGUACGAUAGUGGCGGGAGCAAUCCAUCAACUCCUAUUCGUUCUCAACCACAGAGCUCUGAGAAUAAACCUGCUAUGGCUAUGCCAAUGCCUGCACCUGGUGACAAUGUCACAGAAAUGACGGGACUAAAAAGUGCACAGACUGUUACUUACAUGACCGGUCAUGGAGCAACAUUACAGAGCCAGUAAUUACUGAUGUUAUUUUAGUUUCCUUGAAUGUAGAUAUUUUUAUGAUCAUCCUUUAUCAUGAAUUGGGAUACCAUACUGGUAACAAGAUCAUAUGCAUUCAAUAUGUUUUAAGUGCUUGUAUAUCUUGAAGUAACUAGUAUAUUUUAUCUUAGUGCUUUUCGAAAAUAUUAUCAGUAAUUAUUUAAAGGCAAUUUUCAGUUUGAAGAAACACUUCCUUCAUUUGUAACUGUCCUCAUUUGAAAUAAGGAGUUAUUAUGCAUUUACUGCAAAUAAAAGUAGGUAAUGUACUGCUUUUAAAAGUGUGUAAGUUUGAAAUGCCUUACCUUUAUUAAAAUAUUAUGCAGGAAAAAAAAACUUGUGGAUCCCCUCAUGAUAACGUGCAUGAUUGUUGUGGGUAGCUAUUUAUGUUUCAUUUUUUGAUCAGCUGGUUUCUGAUCAAUUGUUAUUUUCCAAUUAUCAUGAAGUUGUUGAAUUUUAAAUUAUAUAUUUUUUCUUAUUUUCGUUUAAGUGUGCCUAUUUAUUUCAUGGAUCUUAUCUUUUGAGAAGUAUACUUUGUGAUAGUUAGAUCUGAAGCUCUUAGUAAACGUUGAACACUCAUAUGCAUUUAUCUUUAAAAUCUUUUUGAAAAAAUUUCUUCAUCAAGUUUUGUUUUUAUCAAAUUUUAUCAUUUCUUCUGUUUUUAAGGCAGUUGUUUUUUUUUUUUUUUUUUUUAAAUACAAAUGAGCAGUCUUAAUAUUUAUAAUCUUGUAAUACUAAUAAAAUAAGUUAGAAAUUUAUUUCUGUUUCAAGUUCUUUUUUCAUUUAAGUCAUUACCACCUUUGAACUAUUUAAGGCAUUUAUUUCAGACAAUAUCAAAAACUUACGCUACUUAAUUUUUCUUGAUUAACCAAAAUUUCUACGCUAAUUUUAUUUUUGUUUUUAGUACAUUGAUUUUGUAAAACUCCUAUUUUAAUACUAUUUUUCAAUUUUAUUUAUAGUGUCUUUAUUUUACAUACAUUUUGAAAUUGUUUAUAUUUUUUAAAAUAUAUUUUGAUACUUGAAAUUGUUUAGAUGUUUUAAAAAUCUGUUAUGAUGCUGUUUACUCACAUGCAGAACAUGUUGCUUGCAAGAGGUCAAAAUUUUUUACAUUUUUCUGAUUUAUAUCUGAAGCUGUUUCAAAGUACAAUUCAAGAGCGGGAAUAUAACCUUCGCUUGCAUGAUACAUGUGCAAUCCAGCUGGAAAAAAAGAAUUAUCAAAUAAAUUUUCACUUUACAGUAUAAUUAUGUAAUCAAUGUGUUGAAUUUUGAAAUGUUUAUAAGCAACAAUGUUAUUUCAUCGUGGUGUGGUCAUUAAUAAAUUUAGAAUUAUAUUUUGUAACAUAAUUUCAAUAGUAUGAGAUACAAGAUGUAUAUUUUAGUGGUUGAUAAGUUUAAGUAGGGAAUAUAUAUGUAAGUGUUUGUAUAUAUGUAACCACUAAAGAGCCAUGUGUUAAAAUGAAAGAAUAUGUUAAAAUGAAGGACUGAUUGAAUUCUAUGAAGUAAGCACUCACCAAAUUUUACUAAUUAGAAUUAAGUAAAUUGAGUUGAAGAAUAUCAGUUAAUUGAAUAAUUUAAAACAAAUAAUGCAUAAAAUGUUCUUUGAUUUUAAAUUUAUCAGAAAUAUGAAAACAAUAAAUGUUUGUAAAUAUGGAUGUAGAUUUAGUAUCCAAGUCAGCAGUUGCCUGUUACGAAAUUCAGUCUGAAAAUAUUUCAAAGCAACUCGUACCUUCAAAAUAUUCUCUAUGUAAUGCCAUGUUAGUGCAGAUAUCUUUACAAUGUUAGUGUCACUGGAAAAAAUAUUUCUCAAUCAUUAAUUUGGUUUUGGAUUGAAAUUUUUACACAAACACUAGAUCAAAUUCGACUCAUUACACUGUAGUUUCAAGAGCAUAAAUUUUUAAUUAAUUUACUUUUGGGGAAAUGUAAUGUAUUUGACUAGAGAGGAAUAAGUAUAAGCAUGAAAGUGAAUGAAGUUCUUUAUACUUGAAGUUCACAUUCAAGGAAAAAUGAAGAGACAUUUUGCCUGCUGUCAAAGGUUUUUAGAAAUUUUUGAUCGUAAUUACUUCAAUUACUAUCAUAUCAACUACCACUGAGAGCUGAAACUUUUCUACGUUGAAAAAUCACGAAAAAAGGGGAAAGUAUUGAACUAUUUUCUUUUUUAUACGUAACUUUUUUCCUUGUACUCAAGAAAUGCUAUUUCCACACAUACUUAUUCUUUUUGAACAUUUUGUCUAUUGCUGACUGUUAUAUCAUGGAGAAAAACAAGUUUUAAUAGUUAGCAAAAAUUUAGUAUAUUCACUUACACUCUGUAAAUAAUCUUAAGACUUUAUGUACAUUUUUGAAACAUUCAAAUUAUGUUAUGUAAUAUUUUCAUUUUUGUAACUGUAUUUCAAUAAUUAUCAACAUGCUAAGCUUGUGAAAGUUUAGAUUCUUAAAGAAGGCUGUUGUUAUUCGACCUCCUCCUCUGUGUCAUAAAAUGCAUUUAAGAUCUAUGUUUACAAAUGAUAACCAUUGACUGAUAAACAUUUUGAAACAAUUAUUUUUAAUGUUUGAAAACUAAACGCUUUUUUUGAAAAAUGGAUUUAAUUGUAUUUCGAGUUGUGAUAUGCUCUAAUUUAGUGAAAGUGCAAUGUAUUUAUUUCUUUAAAAAGUGAAAUUUAGUUAAAUGUGACUUUAAUAAAAAUUUCCUGAUCUGCCAA